CAUUGGCCCUCGUUUCUUCUCCUCCUAUAUUCUCAAAAUCUCUCUCUCUCUCUCAUUCACGCACCUCCGAUCACAGUUUCAAACGAUGGCGGCGACUAUGGCGACAUCAACCAAGUGCAUGUCCCUCAGCCCACCUCCUAAAUCCCUCAACCCGUCGAAACCCAUCUCCUCAAAACCCACAAUCUCCCUCCCCAACCCACCAAAACCCACAAUCUCCCUCGCCGCUACCUCCUCCGCCGUCGCCGGCGCCGUCUUCUCCGUCCUCAGCUCCACCGAACCAGCCUUCGCCGUCCAACAGAUCGCCGAUCUCGCCGAGGGGUCCGACAACCGCGGCUUGGCUCUCCUCCUCCCGAUCGUACCGGCGAUCGGAUGGGUCCUCUUCAACAUCCUUCAGCCCGCGCUCAACCAGCUCAACCGCAUGAGAAGCAGCAAGGGAGUCAUCGUCGGUCUGGGCAUCGGCGGCGGCUUGGGGAUGAUGGUCUGGCCGCCAGAGGCCUCCGCCGCCGUCAACGAGAUCGCGGCGGUAGCGGAGGCGACGACCGGCGACAACAGGGGACAGCUGCUGUUAUUCGUGGUUGCGCCGGCGUUGCUUUGGGUUGCUUACAAUAUACUGCAGCCGGCACUGAACCAGCUUAACCGGAUGAGAUCCGAUUGAUCAUUAUCUUAUAUAGUACUAUAUUAAAUUCCCAUAUUUAAAUGUAAAAUCCACGAAGCUUUAUCCUUGUUUUAUGGACAGUUUUAUGUGCAA